AUGUUCAAGUUACUACUGAAACAGUACACUUAUGCAGAAUUGAAGAUUACAAAGUCGUUUUCCCACACCGUUGGGAAAGGAGGGUUUGGAACUGUAUAUAGAGGAAACCUUUCUAAUGGACGUACGGUUGCAGUAAAGGUCUUGAAGGAUUUGAAGGGAAACAGUGACGAUUUCAUCAACAAAGUCACCAGCAUGAGCCAAACAUCUCAUGUAAACAUUGUUUCUCUGCUAGGGUCCAAAAGAGCGAUUAUAUCAGAGUUUUUGGAGCAUGGGUCUUUGGAUCAGUUAAUGUCUAGAAAUAAAUCAUUGACUCCGGACGUGACAACACUAUAUGGAAUCGCGCUAGGAGUAUAUGCACUAUGGCUGCAAAACAAGAAUUGUGCACUAUGGCGACAAACCUUAUUCUACAGCAAAAUUUGGUCCGCCAGCUUUGAAAGUAGAAUAAAGAAUCGAAGUUUAGAAACAUGUGUUUCUUGUCCAUCUCAUGUUGACCAAUUGAAGUUUAGCAACAAGUUUAUUUAUGAACGAUAA